AUGGAGCAAUCUAAGUCGAUUUUGAUGUGCACCCCGAAUUCGGUGCAAGUCACCCACGUGUUCGACAUCUUCGGUUACAGCAAGCACAGGGGCAUGGACAACGAGAAGUUCAUCAGGUCCGGUACUUUCUCCGUCGGCGGCCACGACUGGUCCAUCCGCUUCUACCCAGACGAGUACAACACAGAAAAAGUCGAAAAGGAUUAUGUUUCAGUUUAUCUCGAGCGCAUGAGCAAGGGAGCCAAGGUGCGGGGGUCCUGCGACCUGCGGUUGGUCGACCACAGCACCGGAAUAUCGGCUUCAGUGCACAAGACAGAGCUGAGGACCUUUGAUCCGGCUGACCUCAAAACCGUUCCCAAAAUCGAGGUGCCGGUGCCACCCUCCGACAUCGCCGAGCAUCUCGGCAAGCUUCUGAAAGACGACGAGGGAUUCGAUGUCACUUUCUGUGUUCGAAGAAAGACCAUCGGUGCUCACAGGUCCAUACUCGCCGCCCGGUCACCUGUCUUCAAAGCGGAGCUCUUUGGGCCGAUGAGGGAGGCGAAGACACCGCGGCGUGUUACCAUCAAAGACAUGCAACCUGAUAUUUUCACUGCCCUGCUCCAUUUCAUAUAUACCGAUUCUUUGCCCGAUGGUGAUAAGAAUACUGAUAUGAUCCGGCAUUUACUGGUGGCUGCAGACAGAUAUGCCAUGGAGAGGCUCAAGCUGGCUUGCCAAAGUAUCCUUUGCGAGAAUCUGAACGUGGACACCGUGGCAACCACAUGGGCUUUGGCUGACCAGCAUAGCUGCGACAAGCUUAGGGAUGCUUGCCUUGAAUACAUCGCUUAUUCGAAUGCCAUGGAUGCUGUGGUGGAAACCCCAGGCUAUAAGAAUCUCAAAGUGACUGACCCGUCUCUCAUAGUGGAUCUGUUGGAGAGGACAACAAAGGUUCGCAAUGCAUGACUUGUUUUGCCUGACCUAUAUAUGUGCCGGUUUUUGUUAAAUCGCAUGUUAACAUUAUUAUCGGGAUAGUCAGCACAUGUGGAUUCUCAAGUUUUAUGAAUGGUGCGCUAGUUUUCCUAGAUCAGCCCAUCCAAAACUGAACCUGUAAAUGAUUAGUUUAGUCUUGAAGUUUGAUUUAUCAGGUUGCAGCUGAUUUUAGCCAUCGAUCAGAUGAAUAUACAGACUGAGUGCUUUCUUGCGAGUUUAAGGUUCUCACUGCAUGAAAGUUACUGUUAAUCUUAAGCAAAACUUGUCUUUCUUUUGAGCAUUUUAUACCCAUAUGGUCUACAUUUGAAUGUAAUGCUAUGAGGCCUUCUCUAUCACAACGGAACAGUGCCAAUCACAACAAUAGCGUGCUACUCCUGGAAUUAAACACCAUUAGUAGGAUUCACAUCUACGCUGUCACAGUGCUCGGUGUGUGUUGCCUUGAAAAUUUAAUUCCAACAUACAUAGUUACAUUAAGCCAGUUGGGAGCAUCAUAUAUCAUUUACAUUAUGAAAUAUUUUGGAGGCCUGUUUGUUAUGAGUGUAUCAUUCAAUAAAACAGUUGUUUCUCUACAAUUUUUCAUGCUUGAAAAAGCUAGUCAGACCUCUAGAUUAAUGAACCGAAGAUGGAAUUUGUGCAGUGAAUCCUUUUGUUGAUUAUCUAUCCAAGCAUCACUUCUUUUUGAGUUUAUGGGAUUCGCCCUGUUCAUAGACAAUCUAUGAUUAAUUGAAACCUGAGACCUAGAGGUCAGUAAUAUUUGAUUUGGGUUCUGCUCUAUACUGUGACUGUAACUUGUCACAUUAAUGAAACUAGGCAAAUAUUUUGCCCCCGGUCAUACAUAAUAGGUACAAUCUACAAAUAGUAAUUGUAUUAGACAAUUGUAUUAGACAAUUGUAUUGUACCUAUUAUUUUACAAUGACAAGUGCAAAACCAUCUGUAUUAUUGGUUGUCGCUUGUCAGUGUGACAUAUAUGGUCUGAGUGUGACAUAUAUGGUCUGAGUCGAAGGGGACAAUGUCAGUUAAAGGAACAGAGGCAGCAUCACCUUGCCCCACCUUACGUAUUUGUUUUCAUGUAUAUAUGUACGGUGAUUUCAGCUUAUAUUUCUACUAGAAAGCUUAAAGUUUCAGUGUUUUAAUGUUGCCUUUAAUCUGAGUAUGUUGCACGCCUCUUGAUGUAAAUUUAGCUCUAUGCAUUAUUCAGUCAUAAUGAUGGUCUGUUUAUGAGCUACACUUGGUUGUGAGACUCAUUGACACACCAGUUUUCUGUGGACUGGCAGAUAA